GGUAAUUGAGAAUGGGUCCUCAACGAUGCUAAGUCUACAAUGGGAAGUGUCACACUUCGCUAUUUCUGCUAUGGGUGCCUUUUCACAUCCGUGACCUGGACGCUUCUGCUCUUUGUUUAUUUCAACUUCAGUGAAGAGAACCAGUCCUUCAAGAAUGUGCCCAUCAAGGGGCUGGAACCUCAGAGGCCGUUUCCAAAAAAAUUCUACCCCCGUUUUACGCGCGGGCCUGUUCAUGAACCUGAAUUGCAACAGAAAGAGAAUAAGAUAGGAAAUGGUCUUGGAAAUCAUGUCCAGGACCCAGUUAAGGGAGAGGCAGAAUUCUCUCCCGAAAUGGGUAUGAUUUUUAAUGAAGAAGAUCAAGAAGUGAGAGACUUGGGCUAUCAGAAGCAUGCUUUCAAUAUGCUUAUCAGUAAUCGGCUGGGAUACCACAGGGAGGUGCCUGAUACAAGAGAUACAAAGUGCAGAGAGAAGUCCUACCCUUCUGAUCUGCCCUCUGCCAGUGUUGUCAUCUGUUUCUACAAUGAAGCACUUUCUGCCCUGCUUCGCACCGUACAUAGUGUCCUGGAUCGCACUCCGGCACACCUUCUUCAUGAAAUCAUUUUGGUGGAUGACAACAGUGAAUUGGCUGACUUGAAGAAAGACUUGGGUGAAUAUGUUAAAACUCAGCUUCCGAAAACGACAAAACUGGUAAGAAAUGAGAAGCGGGAAGGCUUGAUUCGAGGAAGGAUGAUUGGAGCCUCUCAUGCCACAGGAAAAGUGCUGGUAUUCCUGGACAGUCACUGUGAGGUGAACGAGAAGUGGUUACAACCUCUGCUGACUCCCAUCAGAGAAGAUCGCAGGACUGUGGUGUGCCCUGUAAUUGACAUAAUCAGUGCUGACACACUUACCUACAGCUCUUCACCAGUUGUGCGCGGAGGGUUUAACUGGGGCCUGCACUUUAAGUGGGAUCUUGUUCCUUUGUCAGAACUGGAAGGACCCGAGGGAGCCACUGCUCCAAUCAAGUCACCUACUAUGGCUGGAGGCCUGUUUGCCAUGGAUCGUGAAUACUUUAAUGAACUUGGACAAUAUGAUAGUGGCAUGGACAUCUGGGGAGGAGAAAAUCUGGAAAUAUCUUUUCGGAUCUGGAUGUGUGGUGGUAGACUUCUGAUCAUCCCCUGCUCCAGGGUAGGACACAUUUUCCGUAAAAGGCGUCCCUAUGGCUCACCAGGGGGACAGGACACUAUGGCUCAUAACUCCCUGAGGCUGGCACAUGUGUGGAUGGAUGAAUAUAAGGAGCAGUAUUUUGCUUUGAGACCUGAGCUAAGGACAAGGAACUAUGGAAAUAUUACUGACCGUGUAGAAUUGAGAAAAAGGUUGAACUGCAGGUCGUUUAAGUGGUAUUUAGAUAAUAUCUAUCCUGAGAUGCAAAUAUCUGGACCCAAUGCCAAAGCUCCACAGCCAGUUUUUAUUAAUAGAGCACAGAAACGACCGAAAAUAAUCCAGCGUGGAAGGUUGUAUCACCUUCAAACCAACAAAUGCCUGGUUGCCCAGGGCCACCCAAGUCAGAAAGGAGGCCUGGUAGUGGUUCGGGAAUGCGACUACAAUGAUCAAAACCAGGUCUGGGUUUACAAUGAAGAUCAUGAGCUGAUUUUAAAUAAUCUCCUUUGCUUGGAUGUUUCGGAAACCCGCUCAUCCGAUCCACCUCGUCUCAUGAAAUGCCACGGGUCCGGUGGCUCACAGCAGUGGACGUUCGGGAAAAACAACCGCCUCUACCAGGUCUCCGUGGGGCAGUGCAUGAAGCUGGUAGAUCCGCUUAGCCACAAAGGGUACGUGACCAUGGCCAUCUGUGAUGGGUCCCUUUCUCAGCAGUGGCAUUUUGAGAGCUGAAACAGUGAUGAUGUGGCUGAGAAGCAUUAAGCCAAGACCUGAUUCCCCUUCAGCUAUGAUUCCAAGUCAUUCUGGAGGGCUUUGUGAGGAGCCCUCAGCUGCUACA